AUGGAGUGCAUCGUGGCGGAAGUGGGCUGCGCAAGCGUGCAUGUUGCGGAACCUCCCGCCUUGUCAAAGUCGAAAGCGGCGCGGGUUGAAAGGCCCGCGCUGUUUGUCCGCGAGUGCCGUCUCUUGAUUCCCCCGUGGCCCCCUCUUAGGCUCUCGAUCCCCCGUACCUGUGGUCGCGCUCUUGAGGUGGUACUGGUGAUGAACCGUGAAAUGAAGGCACUUAGAGCUGGGUCGAUGGCGGCCGCCUCCUGUCCGGCCAACAUCUCUGUUGCGGGAGCCACGGUGGACCUCCCCCCCGAUCAGUGGAAGCUGCUCGCUGAUGACAAGCAUCCGUUCACGGCCCGUCUGUUCGACUUCGUCGCUUGCGUGAUUGUCCGGAGGUUUUUGGAGAAAGAGGUGCAGGAGCACGUCAGGGUCGUGACGAGCGAUGUGGUCGCGGACAUUGUCGCGGGUCGCGAUGAGGCUGUCAAGGCCUUUGCCGGUGUGAUGGAGUGCAGCCUUGUUGCAUUCUGCAUCUGGACCGAGGACUUGGUGGACAACAACUGCUCGAACGCGAGCAUGCUCCUUAUGCUCCACCCAGAUCACCUGUCGAUUGACGGUGACAAGAAUUGGCACACGCGUUUCGUUCGCGUUGCUAUUCCACCUGGUGGGCGGGAACACGUGACCGCGGCGGAGGCAAUUGUGGAGUGGUUUCAGGGUCGCGUGGACGAGGAGUUUGCUCGCGGCUCCAUUCAGUGCACCCGGGCGCGCCAGCUUCAGGAUCCCAAUCGGCUGUACGAUAUGGACGCGACGUCGUUGAAGGGCUCCUGCGGCAACCUCGCUUGUCUGUUCGCGUUAGACAAGACCCUUGCUCAGUUGGACGCGGUUGCUGCCAAUGGAUCCGGGCCGCAAUUCUCGAGGCCUACCGCGAAGACUCUGAAUGCACUGCGGCAUGACGCCCACCAAACCGCCGAAGAGCUCGCGUUCAACUUGAGCGUGGAUUUGCCGCGACACAAGCACGGCGGUGAGGCUGAGGGGGCUGAAUUGGGGAAGAUGCAUGAAGUGACAACGGGUGCGCGGGUUGCUGACCAUGGUGUACUCGCUCUCACAGGUGCCGGUGGUGUUUCGAGCCGCGGAGGUGCUCGCGGCGGGACGGCGGUCCACGCCGAUGACGAUGGGGCAGACGAUACCGCGACUAAGGGUGCACCCCGCGAAGACGCUGACCGCACUGUAGCGCGUGAGGGGGAAGAGUCAAGCGAGGAGGAGGCGGAGGCACACGUGGUCGCGGCCGCGGCAGCCAACAGGCCCGCUACAUCCGGCAAGAGCAUCAAGCACCUCGCGCAGCACUUGGCCCCCGGUGCUGGAAGCGCGGCCCCGAGUGGUGAGGUCGCAGGCAAGAGUCCCGUGACAUGUGCGCGUGAUCACGCGUCCCUUUCCGCGUUGCCCUCGCAUAGGCUUGCUGCCGAGAUCCUGCAGCUUGACUGCAGGCUUGCAGCGCAGGCGGAGGAGAUCGCACGGCUGAAGAUACGCCAGGAGUCGGGGGUUGGAGGAGUCGCGGUCGUGGGCUCCGAGGAGCUCGCGGCCGCGCUGUCUAAUGCGCUGCAGGGGGUGGUGGCGGACUCCAUGGAAACCGCGCAGAAGAAGUUGACGGACGAGGUUGCGCGGAAGAUCGACAACAUGUCGUCCACGGUCUCAGCGACAGCAGAGCGGGCAAUCACAACCAGCGGGGUCACGAACGCGCUGCACACCCUCAUCGCGCUCGUCGGAGGGAGCCCGACUCCGCGCACCGGUACGGAAGAUCUGGCCGCGACGGAGAAUGCCGAUGCCGGGGAUGCUGAGCAUGGUAAGCGGGCGGCGGGUGCGAAGGCCGAGACUCAGAGGGGGGCGAAGAGGCAGAGGGUUCCUCAGGCAGCGGCCGCGGUGCGCCACCCGAGCGUGCAUGACAUCCUCAAGAACAAGUGGGGCGCUGCAUCGCGAGGCGCUGCACCGCCUGGUCAACCGGGGUCGAGCUCGCGCUCCAUCCCACCUGGAGAAGCUGCACCCAAAGCACCGGGCCCUGCCGGGGCGACCGCGACAGUGACAACCACUGCGGGUAAGGGCAAGGGUAAGUUGGAGGAUGGAGAGGUGCCGGCCGCUGUGGGUUCGCUUGCAGCGGGGCGUGAGGAGCAGUCCGCGGCGGCUGCUGCGGCGGAGGGAAGGCAGACCGCUCUCGCACCCGCUCAUCCCGCGAUUACCGCGGGUCAUCUGCACAGCGCGCUGGCAUCUGCAGGUCCGAGCGCUGCCGCGGGAGAGGCCAAGACGGAAAAACGCGGGCGAGGCAAGAAGUUGCCCCCUCCACCCGUGUACACCAUCGACGAGGACGAUGCGGACGAGGAGCUCGAGAAUCUCGCGAGCCGGUGGGUCGGGGAGGAGGGCGACGGAGGAGAGCAGGGUGUGGUGGACGCGGUCGAACUGUUUAGCGGCGGGGAGAGCGCGGACGAGCAGGACGCAGACACCGUGGUCGUGCCCAGUGGGCCAACGGGGGGACAGGGUGACACAGUCAGCAAGCGCAAAGGCUGUGGUAUCCGCCAUCCUCCCAGGGGCGGUCCUGGCUUGGUUUCUGAACCGCAUCUGGGGGGGAAGAAGCGGUGGCUUGGACAAGGCGAGCGCGACGACCUGCAGUACAAAACCGCGAUCGCGAUGAUGCCGUACGACCUGAAGGUGGAUCCCGGGCUGCACCUCAGCUCUAAGCAGAUGCGGGAUUGGGCCGCGGACCUGUCCGCUGCCGAGGGGCUACACACGGGCCUCCUCAUCACCAUGCAUCACCGCAACCUCGUGGCCAGCAGGGAAAGGUGGACCCGCAUGUUCAAGCACUACCGCGAGCUGACCCAGCCCGGAUCGACCACCACCAACGAGAUUGCUUGGGCCGCGGUGGUGGGCACGGAGGCUGCAGCAGAAGAGACGGAGCUCUACCGCGAUGUGGAUCCGCGGGAUUACGCGGGAGCGAUCGCGUGCGCGAUCGCAUGGUGUGGGAGGGCUGUGCGGCGGCGCAAUUCUCGCGAGAAGCAAGCUGGUGACGACGAGCCGAAGGUAGUCGCGGAUCCGAGGGUGGUCGCGGACGCGAUUGCAUCUGAAGUCGUGAACGACGUCGUCGCCAAGUCUCGCGACCUCAGGCACAUUGAGAUGGCUGCUCGCGAAACGGUGGACGUUAUCAUCACCUGGUGCGACUGCUCGGUUGCGGGGAAGGUCAUGGAGUCCAUUGGGCUUUACCUUGCCCUGCCCAAGGAUCGUCUUAAGAAGCGGACUUGA